AUGACAGCCCAGAAUUUGUUCAGCGUUAGCAUAUUCUUCAUUGUCUUCAGAGAAACCCUUGAAGCCGUCGUCAUCGUAUCCGUACUCCUUGGCCUCAUCGAGCAGAUCGUCCAUGGCGACAUAGACCACUUCCCAACACUUACGGAGCACUAUCGGCCCGUUUCAGCCCACCACAACGACAGUGAAACAACUACGCCAAGAGAAGGAGAAUCAGACACCACCCUCAAGAGACGCUUGGUCCGCAAACUUAGAGUGCAGGUUUUUGCUGGUGCAGGCGUAGGCUUGUUCGCCUCAUUCGCCUUAGGUGCUGCAUUCAUUGCAGUCUGGUUCACCAAGGCGUCCAAUCUCUGGUCCAAGGCCGAAAAUCUCUGGGAAGGUAUCUUCGAACUUAUUGCAUCCUUGAUGAUUUUUGUCAUGGGCGUUACCAUGCUCAAGUUGGACAGGGCCAAAGCUACAUGGCGCGUAAAGCUCCAGCGCGCGUUUAGUGAUCAACAUGUCGAUCGCCGCACAAGGACUGGGAAGUGGGUACUCUUUAUCCUUCCAAUGAUCACUGUCUUGCGUGAAGGAAUUGAAGCUGUCGUCUUUGUUGGCGGUGUCGCGCUCGGACAGCCUGCAGAAUCAAUUCCCAUUGCAGCAAUCGUGGGCCUUGUCUGUGGAUUGGUCUGUGGUUUCUUCAUUUACCAGUUCGCUAGUCGCUCAACUCUAACGAUUUUCCUUAUCGUUAUGACGAAUUUGAUUCUCCUCAUCGGCGCUGGCCUAUUUAGUAAAGCUAUCUGGUCUUUCCAAGAGAACGCCUUCAACAAUUUGCUUGGCGCAGAUGUCGACGACUCAGGCGGUAAUGGACCUGGAUCAUACGACGUACGCGGGAAUGUGUGGCAUCUUGACUGCUGUAAUCCUGAGACCGAUAUGCCAUGGGGCAUAUUCAAUGCUGUAUUGGGAUGGACAAAUAGCGCCACUCAGGGUAGCGUGCUGAGUUAUGUGUUCUAUUGGGUCAUGGUAAUCGUAGUGCUCGUGUAUAUGAAAUUCAAAGAGGGUCGUACCAAGUUUUUCGGGUGGGAGUCUGCGGUAGGCACGCGCAGGCGACUCGCUGGCGAAAAACAG